AUUCAUUUAGGAGUAGAAUAUUAAUAAAUUAAUUUGAUUCUUUUACACCAUCAUCUUCAUAAUAAUAAAUUUCAAUAAAAAAAUUUUGAAGUAUGAGUUUUUCUCCUGCAACUGAGUUUUCCCUACGACUUGCAUCUUCUUCUUCAACCACUAUUUCAUCAAUUCAACCCCAUAAAUUUCACUACAAUUUACCCUUUCGCAACUUACCCUUUAAUCUAACAACUCAAACUAACAGUAAACGGCUUUUCUCUACUUAUUCUUCAAUGGCUGGAAUUGGGUCUUCUGCAGAUUCUUCUGCAAUGGAAGAGCAGAACGAAAAUGGUGCCAUUAAUCCUGUUUAUACCCCUACCCCGCCUUAUAGAGAGCUUCGAACUCCUCAUAGUGGGUACCAUUUCGAUGGGAGCACAAGGCAAUUUUUUGAGGGCUGGUAUUUCAAAGUCUCUAUUCCAGAAAAGAGGCAAAGUUUCUGCUUCAUGUAUUCAGUUGAGAAUCCUGCAUUUCGCAAGCCAUUAACCCCUAUUGAAGAAGCAAAAUAUGGCCGUCGAUUUACUGGAGUUGGGGCUCAGAUUCUUGGUGCUGAUGACAAGUACAUAUGCCAGUUUUCCGAAGAAUCACAAAAUUUUUGGGGAAGCAGACAUGAACUGAUGUUAGGAAAUACUUUCAAAUCCAUUGGAAGUGCGCAGCCUCCCACCAAAGAGGUUCCUCCAGAGGAAUUCAAUAGGAUUGUGGCUGAGGGUUUUCAAGUGACUCCACUUUGGCAUCAAGGAUUCAUUUGUGAUGAUGGCAGGUCAGACUAUGUUGAAACAGUAAGAACAGCUCGGUGGGAAUAUACUACGCGUCCUAUUUAUGGAUGGGGUAAUGUUAGUUCGAAACAAAAAUCAACAGCCGGCUGGCUUGCCGCAUUUCCUGUUUUCGAACCUCACUGGCAAAUUUGCUUGGCUGGGGGACUGUCAACAGGUUGGAUAGAGUGGGAUGGUGAUAGAUUCGAGUUUGAAAAUGCUCCUUCAUAUUCAGAAAAGAAUUGGGGUGCAGGUUUCCCGAAGAAAUGGUUUUGGGUCCAAUGUAAUGUCUUUGAGGGUGCAAGAGGGGAGGUUGCGUUGACUGCUGCAGGAGGGUUGAGAGAGCUUCCUGGCGGUAGAAUCGAGAAUGCGGCUCUGGUCGGAGUGCAUUAUGCUGGAAUUUUCUAUGAAUUUGUGCCAUGGAAUGGGGUUGUUGAGUGGGAGAUUGCUCCUUGGGGUCACUGGAAAAUUUCUGCUGAUAAUGGGUCUUACAAGGUGGAACUAGAGGCAACAUCCGAGAAUCCAGGAACACCCUUGCGCGCUCCGACCCCAGAAAAUGGCCUUGCUGUUGCUUGCAAAGACACAUGUUUCGGUCUACUGAAAUUGCAAAUAUGGGAACGAAAGUCCGAUGGCAGCAAGGGAAAGGUUAUCUUGGAGGUAACAAGUAAGGUGGCAGCUUUAGAGGUCGGAGGCGGACCAUGGUUCGAGUCAUGGAAAGGUAAAACGACAACACCGGAGAUCCUAAGUGCUGCCCUUAGGGUUCCUGUAGAUGUCGAGUCCGUUUUCAAUUUCGUUCCAUUUUUGAAACCUCCUGGCCUUUAAGCAAAUACACAGGGUUUCAACACUUUUUUUUUACUUAAUUCACUGUCAUAAUUGUAUGAUUAUUCUGUAUAUAUAUACUCCUAUUGUAAAAAUUUAUUUGUACUCUAUAGUGUAUAUCAUCAUCAUUCACAA